CUGCAAGCCUAUGAAGAUGUCUUGGAGAGAUACAAAGAUGAGCGGGACAAAGUACAAAAGAAGACGUUCACAAAAUGGAUAAAUCAGCAUCUCAUGAAGGUUCGAAAGCAUGUGAAUGACCUAUAUGAAGACCUAAGAGAUGGACAUAACUUGAUCUCACUUUUAGAAGUCCUUUCUGGAGACACCUUGCCAAGAGAGCGAGAUUUUUUGAAGACCUUACGGUUGGUGAGUUCAACAGAAGCAUGCGCAAAUGAACAGCAUGAGGAUGUGGAGGAUGAGGAUAAGGGGCCCCGAGAAAAAGGUCGGAUGCGUUUUCACAGACUCCAGAACGUCCAAAUUGCACUGGACUAUUUGAAAAAACGCCAGGUGAAACUGGUUAACAUCAGAAAUGAUGAUAUAACAGAUGGGAAUCCCAAAUUGACUUUGGGGUUGAUAUGGACCAUAAUUUUGCACUUUCAGAUAUCUGAUAUCCAUGUUACUGGAGAGUCAGAGGACAUGUCUGCUAAAGAGAGACUGCUCCUGUGGUCGCAGCAAACAACGGAGGGUUAUGCUGGAAUACGUUGUGAAAAUUUCACUACCUGCUGGCGUGAUGGAAGAUUAUUUAAUGCCAUCAUUCAUAAAUACAGGCCGGACCUGAUAGACAUGAAUACCGUUGCUGUUCAAAGCAACCUUGCAAAUUUAGAACAUGCUUUUUUUGUAGCAGAAAAACUUGGUGUUGCCAGACUUCUGGAUCCUGAAGAUGUUGAUGUUUCCUCACCUGAUGAGAAGUCAGUAAUAACUUAUGUGUCAUCACUUUAUGAUGCAUUUCCCAAAGUACCAGAAGGUGGUGAAGGCAUCAGUGCAAAUGAUGUUGAAGUCAAAUGGGUUGAAUAUCAGAAUAUGGUGAACUACCUCAUGCAGUGGAUCAGACACCAUGUCAUGAUAAUGUCUGACAGAACAUUUCCCAACAAUCCUGUGGAAUUGAAGGCACUUUAUAAUCAAUAUUUACAGUUUAAAGAAACAGAAAUUCCACCAAAGGAGACAGAUAAAUCAAAAAUUAAACGUCUAUAUAAACUGCUAGAGGUCUGGAUAGAAUUUGGACGCAUCAAACUUUCUCAAGGCUACCAUCCAAAUGAUAUAGAAAAAGAAUGGGGAAAGCUUAUUAUUGCCAUGCUGGAAAGAGAGAAGACUCUUCGACCAGAAGUGGAGAGGUUGGAAAUGCUGCAGCAAAUUGCAAACAGAAUUCAGCGGGACAGCCGGAGCUGUGAGGAUAAACUGAUACUUGCCCGGAACGCUCUGCAGUCUGACACCAAGCGAUUAGAGUCAGGGCUCCAGUUCCAACAUGAAGCAGAGAUAGCUGGCUAUAUUCUUGAAUCUGAGAACCUUCUCCGUCAGCAAGUGGUUGAUGCCCAAAUUCUUAUUGAUGGAAAAUACUAUCAAGCAGACCAGCUUGUUCAAAGAGUUGCAAAACUUCGUGAUGAACUGAUGGCCUUACGGACUGAAUGUUCUUCUGUGUACAACAAGGGGCAUGCACUGACCACAGAGCAGACAAAGCUUAUGAUAUCAGGAAUAACCGAAAGCUUAAACUCAGGAUUUACAACAAACCUAACCCCUGAAAUAAAUGCUGCAAUGACCCAAGGCAUCCCACCACGGUUAAUCCAGAGCUAUGUGACAGGAGUAGACAGUGGGACUCUGCAAACACUCAAACUGAUGCAAAUCAGAAAACCUCUUAUGAAAUCAGCUUUCGUGGAUCAGAAUUUAACAGAAGAAGAGGUGAACAUGAAAUUUGUCCAGGACCUAUUGAACUGGGUGGAAGAAAUGCAGGUGCAACUUGAUCGAACAGAAUGGGGUUCAGAUUUGCCAAGUGUUGAAAGCCAUUUGGAAAAUCACAAAAAUGUCCACAAAGCUAUUGAGGAAUUUGAAUCCAGCCUUAAAGAAGCCAAAAUGAGUGAGAUCCAAAUGACUGCUCCUCUUAAACUCAGUUAUGUGGAAAAAUUGCACAAACUGGAGAGUCAGUAUUCAAAGCUCUUGAACACAUCGAGAAAUCAGGAAAGGCAUCUAGAUACUCUUCACAAUUUUGUGUCUCGUGCUACUAGAGAAUUGAUAUGGCUGAAUGAAAAAGAAGAGGAAGAGGUUGCAUAUGACUGGAGUGAGAGAAACUCCAAUAUAACAAGAAAAAAGGAAUAUCAUGCAGAAUUAAUGAGAGAACUUGAUGAAAAAGAAGAAAUUAUAAAAUCAGUACAAGAAAUAGCUGAACAGUUGCUUCUUGAAAAUCACCCAGCCAGGCUAACCAUUGAAGCCUAUAGAGCAGCAAUGCAGACCCAAUGGAGCUGGAUUCUCCAGCUCUGUCACUGUGUUGAACAACAUUUGAGAGAAAAUGCUGCAUAUUUUGAGUUUUUCAGUGAUGCCAAAGAAGCCAUGGAAUAUUUGAAGAAUUUGAAAGAUACCAUAUACCGAAAAUACAGUUGUGAUAGAUCAAGCAGUGUUCAUAGGCUGGAAGACCUUGUCCAGGAGUCUAUGGAAGAAAAAGAACAACUCUUGCAGUAUAAGAGCACAGUAGCAGGCCUUGUGGGGAGAGCAAAGGCAAUAAUUCAGCUGAAGCCAAGAAACCCUGACUGUGUACUCAAAACAUCCAUCCCAAUUAAAGCCAUCUGUGACUAUAGACAAAUUGAGAUAACUAUUUACAAAGAUGAUGAGUGUGUAUUAGCAAACAACUCCCAUCGUGCUAAAUGGAAAGUCAUUAGCCCAAGUGGUAAUGAGGCCAUGGUUCCAUCUGUAUGCUUUACAGUUCCUCCACCAAACAAAGAAGCAAUAGAUACAGCCAACAGGAUUGAACAGCAAUUUCAGAAUGUUCUGGCCCUUUGGCAUGAGUCACAUGUAAACAUGAAGAGUGUGGUGUCCUGGCAUUACCUGACAAAUGAAAUUGAAGCUGUUAGAGCUGGCAAUGUUGCCUCGAUAAAGACGAUGCUGCCAGGUGAACAUCAGCAGGUUCUAAGCAAUUUGCAGUCCCGCUUUGAUGAUUUUUUGGAAGACAGCCAGGAGUCCAAAAUCUUUACAAGCUCCGAUACAGCACAGCUGGAAAGGGAGGUUAAUGUUUGCAAGCAAUACUAUCAAGAGCUUCUUAAGUCUGCAGAAAGAGAGGAGCAGGAAGAAUCUAUUUACAAUCUGUACAUCUCUGAAGUCAGAAAUAUCAGACUACGGCUAGAGACUUGUGAGGAGCGGUUAAUACGGCAGAUCCGAACACCAAUGGAAAGGGAUGAUGUACAUGAAAAUGUGCUUAGGAUUUCAGAGCAAGAGAAACUGAAGAAAGAACUGGAUCGACUGAAGGAUGACUUGGGAGCCAUCACAGAUAAAUGUGAAGAGUUUUUCAGUCAAGCUGCUGGUUCACCUUCAGUCCCUACCCUGCGCUCUGAGCUCAAUGUUGUUAUUCAAAACAUGAAUCAAGUUUAUUCCAUGUCUUCCAUUUUCAUAGAUAAAUUAAAAACUAUAAAUUUGGUCCUGACGAACACCCAAACAGCAGAAUCAUUAGUGAAACACUAUGAAACUAAGUUGUGUGAAGAAGAGGCAGUAAUGGCUGACAAAAACCAUAUUGAAAACCUGAUGGGUACAUUAAAGCAAUGGAGAUCUGAAGUAGAUGAAAAAAGACAAACAUUCCAUGCCUUAGAGGAUGAACUGCAGAAGGCAAAGAUGAUCAGUGAUCAGAUGUUUAAAAUGCACAAGGAACGUGAUCUUGACUUUGACUGGCAUAAAGAAAAAGUGGACCAGUUGGCUGAGAGGUGGCAAAAUGUUCAUUGUCAAAUUGAAAAUAGGUUGCGUGACUUAGAAGGUAUUAAUAAAUCUCUGAAGUAUUAUAAAGAUACUUACAAUUCUUUGGACACUUGGAUUCAACAAGUAGAAGAUACUCAGCGAAAGAUUCAAGAAAUACACCCUGAAAAUAGCAAAGCAUUGGCUAAACAGUUGAACCAACAUAAGAUGCUGGUUUCUGAGAUUGAAAUGAAACAAAGCAAAAUAGACGAAUGCCAGAAGUAUUCAGAGCAAUACUCUGCUGCUGUGAAGGACUAUGAGUUACAGACCAUGACCUACAGAGCUAUGGUUGACUCCCAACAAAAAUCUCCAGUGAAGCGCCGAAGAAUACAAAGCUCAUCAGACUUCAUUAUUCAAGAGUUCAUGGAUUUACGGACUCGUUAUACUGCCUUGGUGACCUUGAUGACCCAAUACAUUAAGUUUGCAGGUGACUCUUUGAAAAGACUGGAGGAGGAAGAGGUCCGUGUGAGUGUGAAUAAUGAUCCUGGUGAAAUGUUAAAUGAGAAAAUUGUUAAUGGAGAAAGAUGGAAAACAGAGGGAAUAUCAAAGAAGUUGCCUGGAGUGGAAAUUAUACACAAAACCACAGGAAAAAAGAAUUCAAGAAAGGCAGGGAGUGAUGUUUCAACAAAGGAAGAAUGUGAGUUGCAAUCAGAAACUAAUUUUGAGCUAACAAUGAAGAAAGCUGAAGUCACUCCAGAAGCUGGAAAGCAUGCCCUUGGUAUCAGCCCUCACAAACAGCAAUAUUUUUCACCUCAUUUCGAAUGUCAGCAUAAAGAACAUUGCCUUACAGAAAGCAAUAGCCACAAUACUUUAAACUCUGAAGACAGAGAGUUUCAAGUGUGUUAUGAAAAAGAUGAUUCUCUUUCAGGUGCAAGGGAUGCAACAUCUCUAGAGAAAGUUGCAUCCUCUUUCAGAGAGCUGACAGUGCGCAGUGGAAGUGAAAAAACAAAGUUAAAUUUACAAUCUAUGAGCAAUCCAGAUGUUUAUUGUAAUGUUGAAACAGAUACUGUCAAACUGCAGAGAGAAUCUCUGGAUAAAAGUUAUUUCCUAGUAGAAAACAAAAUCCUAGAAAAAUCAAAUUUAAAUCCAAAUGAAGCCAAGAGUACAAUGCAAGAAAUUCCAGCUGUUUCUUCAGGAAAUGUUUCAGAGACCCAUUAUGCAGAAAAAGUCUCUGAAUCUUAUCCAUUAGAUUUUGAAGUGUCACCAGUGCAGAAUGAUCAAAGUUUAGGUACAGAAAAUGCUGGUGAUUUAAAUGCAGAUUUUGGCCUCUCAAAAAUUAUUUCUGGAGAAGAGGAUUAUUUUCCAUUAUCAGAACAUGGAUUAACAAAAAAGCUUUUGAGUCAAAAUGAGAAACUAAGUGUGAAGAAAAUAUCAGAGGGCAACAUUUAUGGUUUGGGCAACAUAAAUAUAAGUGGGAAGAAGCAGAGUGGAGAAGACAGGUUAGAAGAGGGUCAGAAAUGUAAAAAUUUAUUGCUAGUUGCAGAAAUGAUCGGUAGAGAUGAGGCUCAUAGCACAAAUGUACCCAGAAAAAACACUAAGCUCCAGAAGACAUUUUGGGAAAAAUUAGGGAAAAGAACCUCAUUUGAAAAAAAAGAAAAGCAAAAAAAAAGAGACAAAGAUAAUGAAGAGAAAAGAAGCACAACUAUUAUUAAGAAAUCAAUGGAAGAGGAAAAGAAGGAACAUGUUGAGAAAGCUGGGGAUUUACUAAAAUGGGUAUCAAAUCUCAGCAAGACACUCAGCAAAGAAGAAGGAGAAAAGGCUGAAAAGACAGACUUGCCUAAGCAGCAGAUUUCCCUGCAUGAAAUGUCAACCAAGAAAGAACAAAUAGCUGAAGCUCUGCAGACUACUCAGUCAUUUUUAGCUAAGCACAGUGAUAAAAUGACCGAUGAAGAAAGACAUGAAAUGGAAAAGCAAGUCAGAUCUCUCCAGGAGAGCUACAGCUUGUUAUCCAAUGAAGCUUUAAAGCAGCUGCAGGAAGCGCAGUAUCUGAGUGAUGAAAAGAUGGAAGAAAAGGUGAAUAAAGUCAUUGCUGGUGUCAUUGAUCAAACUACUGGAGAAGUCUUUUCAGUCUUUCAGUCUAUUUUAAGAGGUUUUCUUGACUAUGACACUGGAAUUAGAUUGCUCGAGAACCAACUGAUUUUUUCUGGAAUCAUUUCUCCAGAAUUAGGAGUGUGUUAUGAUUUGGAAGAAGCUAAAGCUCAUGCCUUAAUUGAUGAGCAGAUUCUAUUGCAGUUGCAGGAAUUAAGUAAUGCAAAAAAGCUUAUUUCAGAAUCAUCAUUAUCAAAUAUUCCAGUUGUUUCAGUUUUAGAACAAGGUCUAAUUUCAGAACCUUUGGCUAUUAAAAUUCUUGAGAAUCAGCUUUCAAGUGGGUAUUUGAUUUUGCCGUCUACUGGAGAUAAGCUGACUUUUCAGAGUGCUUUCCAGAGAAACCUGAUUUCUCCAACAUUAUAUGCAAAACUCCUGGAAAGACAAGACACAUGUAAAGAUCUCAUAGACCCCAACUGUGCUGAGAAAAUUUCCCUUGAACAGAUGAUUCAUAGAAGCAUAAUACAUGAAGAAACAGGGUUAAGACUCCUACCUGUGAAACCACAAGAAAAAGGUAGAAUUGUGUUCAAAUGUGGAAGGAGGAUAACUAUUUUGAGGGCAGCUCAUGAAGGGCUCAUUGAUCGGGAAACAAUGUUCAGGAUGCUGGGUGCUCAGUUAAUGUCUGGAGGUAUCAUUGACCCUGACUCAGGGAAACGAAUGACUGUGGAAGAGGCCGUGAGACAAGGGGUGAUAGAUCAGGACACUGCUUGCGGGAUCCUCACACAUCAGGUUCAGACGGGUGGAAUCCUUUGUCAAAAUUCAGGACAACGGUUGACUGUUGAUGAAGCUGUACAAUGCAACUUAAUAUCAUCUACCAGUGCCCUGCUGGUAUUGGAAGCACAGAAGGGCUUUGUGGGAUUAAUUUGGCCUCACACUGGUGAAAUAUUUCCUGUAUCAACUUCUUUGCACCAAGAUAUGAUAACAAAUGAGCUGGCAUUCAAAAUACUGAAUGAUAGAAAGAGAAUAGCUGCACUUUACAUUCCAGAAACUUGUGAAAUAAUCAGUCUUGACAAGGCUGCAGAAUCAGGGAUCAUAGAUAGCAAUACUGUAUCUGUUUUGACCAAUGUGACUUUACCAGAUAAAAUGCCCAAUGUAGAAGAAUUAAAGUCCCCUUGUAAAAAUGCUGCAAAAUGGUUAUCAACGUAUACAUUUCUCCAAUCUGUAUUUCAUGACUGUGAGGAGGAACAUGAAGAUUGUGGCACAGACGACCCUGUAUGUCAUAAUUUAGAUCAAGCUAAGAAUCUAUUCAUAUCUUACCUGAUGGUAAAUAGUUAUAUGGAUGCAAACACUGGAGGAAGACUUUUGUUAUAUGAUGGACAACUGCAAGAAGCAAUCAAUAUGUUGCUGGAAGGUGAUGGUGCUGCAUACAAUGCUGGUGUGUCAGAAAUGGAGUUAAGUAAUAAAUAUGUAAGCUCAAAAGGAAUUAACCUAAAGUCAGCAGACAGUGUUCAGGGUGACCUUUCGGGUGUUGAGAAUGCUUCUAAAAGCAGGAAAUUAAAUCAGUUUGGUGAUUUGGGGAAUUACAUACCUUCACAAGAAGAUCUCCAUGAGUGUGGACCAGAUGUUUGCAAUGCUAUUGACACUGAGCAAUCAGAAUAUACACAGGAGAUGCUGUUAACUCUCCCUGCAGAACUCAGAAAUGUAGUAAGUAACGCUCAAAAUUCCACGAACAGAAAUGCACUCAGAGGUUUUUUGGAGGUUUCUAAGUGGACAGAACUGUAUAAGCAUAACAAUCAGCAGGCAAAUUCAGGAAGUAUUGAGGGGUACCUUCCAAAUGACUUCAAUCCAAGUCUUAUUUCAGAAACAGGGAAGGAAGCGAUUUAUAUGGGUGACAGUCUGGGUAAUGAAAACAGGAGUGAUAAAAGCCUACAAAAUUCCUUGAAUGUGGAUGAUUUGUCAGAUAAGAAAACCUGGAGAGAGCUGGAAAGGUGCACAGAGUACAGACCUCACAUAUUGCAAGCUGACAGUAGCAGAAUGGUGUUGGAUAACAGCAAGAAAGACAAUUUUCAGAGAAGUCUUUGUUCAUCCAUCAGUGCAGACACUGUACAUAGACUUCCAGAAGAAUUUGUUAGUCAAUGUGGUGACACAGUACAGUUCGAAGACAAUGGAUACAGUGAGCAACCUCUACAGGAAUAUGCUGAUGUACCUAACAGACCAUCCCUAGAGGGCUAUCUUUAUAUACAUAGAAGGCCGUCAUUGGAGGAUUGUAUUGAUUUUCAGAAUAAACUGUGUCUAGAAGACAGCAGAGACGUGCACCACAGGCCUUUGUUGGGUGGUGAUACUGUUAUACACGAUGGACCAGCUAUGGGGGACAGUAACAGCACUGCAAAAGGGCUGACAGUAGAAGAAAGUGAUCUUACAUUCCACAGGUUAGUGCCAUGUUACACUAGUUCUGACUCAUCAGUAGAUGGGAGUGAUGGCAUUCCACAGCUUGAAAGUACCUGCUUGCAGCAAGAGUGUGGUGAGGUAGCCUCUGAAGAUGACAGCUCUCAGUUUGAUGAGGAUGAUGAUGACACCUAUGAAACACCUCAGACUGAUGAUGACGACAGUGAUGUCUAUAAUACUCCUCAAAUUGAUGACGAUGAUUCUUCUGACACUUCUCAAGGUGAUAAGGGGUUUGAUACCUUGAAACUGGGGGCUGAUGAUACACCAGAGCCAGAACUGGCUGGAAGAUCAGUUCCAUUAGUUUUUCUUGAGGAGAGAGGUGGUCUAAUAGCCCUAAGAGAAGAGAUCACCUCUUUUCAAGAACUUGGAGCUAAUGCUAAAGAGAAUGCCCAUGUAUAUGAGAAAAGGCAACCUGAGAGCAUAAAUACAGCUUCUGCAAGUACCAAAGCCAUGGGAAGAAUCCCUAAGGAGGAAAGGGAAAGAAAAGGGAGUUUUGGAGAGAAGGAGCAAGAGUUACCAGUUACUGUGGAAAGUGAAGGAAGAAAGGAGGGAGGCAUAAGUUCUUUACAGGAGAUGUAUGAAGCAGAUAUACAAGACAGAAAUGAGCAAGUUGAAAUGAAAGCAGAAAGUGAUUCUUAUGAGGAUGAAUCUGAAGGUACACAGGAGGGGGAAGAUUCUGAGGAGGAUUAUGAUAGUUAUGAUGACUCUGACACUGAUUCUGACAGUGAAGAUGAAAUGGAUAUUUUUUAUUCACAUCAUCAGUGUGUAGAUAAAGGUGACCACCUGUUAAUUUCCUUAGGAGAUGUAGAAAGAAACAAUGAACGUAAUCAGAAUAUUGAUGACUGUUGCUAUUCUUUAGGCCACAAGACAGGAUAUACUUCGCAAUUCCAGUCUAACCAUGAAAAUGGAAAUCUAUCUUCAAUGUCACAUGUUUCUGAGGAAAGAUAUGUUGAUAUUUCAUGUACAAGCGAAGAAGACAGACAGCAGGAAACAGAAGAUGAAUAUGGGACUUAUGUCAAAAAUAAACACAUGUCACAAGAUAUUACUGAGCCUAUUCAGUUGGAAAAUACCCUUGACACUAAAUGGACGUUCUCUACAAGUGAAGGAAAUAAUGAAACAUGGCUUAAGGUUCCAGGUUCUCAGCUUCUUGAUGGUAUUGUGAAAUCUGAUGUCAGUGUAACAGCCUACCUGGUAACAAAGCAAGCUACUGAUAAUGAUGAAAGUACUUGGUCAAAUUUGCUUCUCUCAGAAUGCUUUACUGAUAGCGCGAAUAAAGACAACGGUAGCAUGCCAAUGUUAGAUUCAAAUCAUGGGCAAGGACAGAAAGAAGCAGUAGUUGCAGAGGAAAAAGUAUUAAAUGAUAUGGAACAACUAAAGGAAAGUUCAUCCCAAAUGGACAAUAAAUUCCCUAUAGAUAUGUGUUACGUGAAUGAUGAUAAUGAUAGCUCACUUAGGGACCCAGUAGAUCCAGUCACCAGUUGGAAGCAUGGUCAAAUAGGAAGAGGUUUUGAAAUUCUUUCAGAAAGUAAAAAUAGAGUAAAUAUUAUAGAGGAAUGUGAUAUCAUGGGACUAAGUAAAAGUCCCAUUCGGAUGGAAAGCCUUGGGGAAAUAUUUGAUGCAUCAGUAAUUAAAGCUGAUAGAGAAACUUCUGUUGCGAGUAAAGAAAAAGUAACUGUUGAUCAAGCUUUCUUUGACAUUCGAGUUGCGAGAUCAGAUGAAUUGAGGAGAGAUGCUAACAUUCCUCCUUCUUUAAAACAAUAUACAAAAGGCAUAAAAGAAGGUGGCCAUUCAGAACUGGAUAAAACUGAAUUCUCCUGUUUUGAGGACACAGAAAGAGAGAAAAAAGGUAUAGAGAUUGAAAAGGAUUUUCUGCUAAAUACAGAAGAAAUGCAUUCAAGUGAAUUUAACGCUUACUCUUUUCCCCCAACGGAUACAGUGAAACCAAAGGAAAUUAGCAUAACUAAAGAAACAGAGAGAGUUAUCUGUCAAAAUACUGCCAAUGUUCUUAAAGGCUCUUCAGAACACAGAAGCAGCAAUGACAGUGAAAUUUCCCCCAUAAAACCAGAUGCUUUAGGAAGUAUUGAGGAUGCCAGAGAAUCAGGGGAUGGAAGUGAAGUGCUAUCUUCUGGGAGACUUACCCAUACCACUGAUGUUUCUUCUGCAAUUCUGAGUAGCAUAGGAGCUGACUUGAAUUAUGGUGCCCAGAAAGAAUAUGAGAUGCUGAAAAACAAAAAGGGAGAAAAUUUCAUGGCCAGUGAGACUUUCUCCCUUGGAAAUGGUUUCAAAAACCAAAUGUCCAUGGAGUCAUUGCAAAAGGAAACGGGACCCUGCAAAGAUUUUCAAGUAAAGGAAGGUAUUUCACGAUCACCAGAAAUAUCUGACACACUAAUGGAAGACUUACAGAAUAUAUUACAAAGGAAAUUGAAAAUGGGAUGUGCUUACUGCAAGCAGGAAGCUGAACCUUUAAGUUACUCUGAUACCAAAACUUUAAUGCAAAAUUUACUCACAAUGGUUAGAAGCACCCAGCUUGUGAGUGAAAAGUCUAGUGGGUCAAAUCUCAAGCAAACAAGCAGUUCUGGUAGAACUGCAUUAAUGUUUACCACGCCGCAUACAGAGCCCAAGGACAGUGAUGCUCCUUCAUUGCUUUGGCCUGAUUACAGAAGUCCUGAUCUUCUUCAUGAUAUUCUGAAGCAGGAAUCCUGCAAGCAAAAGAUGACUGAUGUAGAUAAAAGGAGGAAUGAAACAGACGUGAAAACUCCUGUUCCUAAGCCGACUAUUUCUGAACUUCUGGAGAUUUUUCAAAUCUCACCUGGAGAUGAAAGUACAAGCAAGUUAGAGGAGCUGAUAAUUGGUUUGCUUAUGAACUCACAGGUUGCUGAUACCACCACAGAACAUGAGGAUAAAGGAAAAGUAGGUGGACUUUGUACUCUUUUCUCAACAGAACAAUCAGAGUUUGGAUCAGAAAUUGCUAAAGAGAAAACAUUGGCAGAUAAUGCAACUGUUGCUUGGAAAAGUGACCAGGAGCAUGGGAAGACAGACAGCCCAUCCAGAGGCUUUACUGAGUCUGUUUUCAAAACAAAAGAAGCAGUCCUGGAAGAUGCACACACUAGCAUGUUUGAUGGAAUACAGCAAUGUUUAACGUUGAUAGAGAAAAUACAAGGACAUUUGGCAGUGCUUCAAGAUAUGAAAAACCACCUAGAUAACCAGCAGCCUGUUAGUAACAACCUGGAAAUACUAAGAGAUGAACUGAAACAGCUAGAGUCAUUUGAAUCAGGACUGGCUACGUUUGCAAUUGUCCUAAAAAAGGACAUGAAGUCAACGGAAGAAUUCUUAAAGUUUUGUAACAGGGAUAUUCCAGAAGAGAAACUUAAAGAGCUAAAGAUAAGCUAUGACUAUUUACAGGAAGCAUUUUUGGUGGUCUGUGAUACAUCUUCGAAACGAGCAAAACAAAUACUCUAUGCUGUUGACUCAGAAAUGUCUAAGCUUGGAAUAUUACACCAGCAACUUCUAAGUAAACUGCAGAGAUUUUCAGACUGGAUCACAGAGAACAGUAAAAUAAUUAAUGACUUCACCAUGAAUACUAAUGAUAUAGAAGAGAUGAAGAGAAGCUUACAGCUAUUUAAAAACAAUGCUGCAGAGUUCAACUGUGAAAAAAUGCAACUGGAGUCCACUGCAUUUGAUGUUCAGUUUUUCAUUUCUGAACAUGCUGAAGAUCUUUCUCCUAGUCAGAGCAAACAGCUGCUGAGGCUCUUAAAUACCACCCAGAAAUCUUUUCAGGAAGCACAGGAAGCAAUAACUUCUCAAGUGGAAAGUUUAGAGACUCAGUUACAGGCAGUGCAAGAGCUGGGUGCUCAGAAGGAUGUGGCUGAACGGCAGCAGGAAUGCAAAGAGAAACUGCAGGAAAUCUGUGAUUUGCUUACGCAGACUGAAAAUCAACUCAUUGGACAGCGAGAGUCUCUUGUUAUUGGAGACAGCAAGGCUGAGCUGGAACAAUGCCAGACCAAACAGGAGGAGAUACAAAAAGACAUGAGAAGAAGUGCCCAGACACUGGCAGAGAUUGUGAAAAAUACUGAAACCUUCUUGAAAGAGAAUGGAGAAAAGUUGUCACAAGAAGACAAGACUGUUCUGGAACAGAAACUGAAUGAAGCUAAGACAAAGUGUUUGCUUCUUAGCCAGAAGGCAGAAGAGUCCAAAAAAGAACUCGAUAAAGCUAUGACAACAGUGAUUAAGCAGGAAACAGAAAAGGUUGCAGCCAUAGAACAGCUGGAAGAAAGCAAAAACACAAUAGAAAAUCUUUUGGAUUGGUUAUCAAAUGUGGAUAAGGAAGCGGAGCAUGGCCGGAGAUUUAAGAAAGUUAUAGAACAGAAUGGAACACACUUUGAAGAAGGAGAUGUGCAAGUUUUGGAAGGAGAGGAGGAUGAUGUCAAUGGUAAUCUGCUGGAAAUGCAGCCAGACAUUGAAACUCAGGUGGAUGGACUAGUAAAAAGCACAGAUGAUAAUCUGAACCAGCAGUAUCAGAAAGUCAAGGCUCAGCAUGAGAAAAUUAUUUCACAGCAGCAAGCUAUCAUAGUAGCAACUCAGUCUGCUCAAGCACUGCUGGAGAAACAAGGGCACUACCUUUCCCCUGAAGAAAAAGACAAGAUGCAAAGGAACAUGAAAGAGCUGAAGGCUCAGUAUGAGACUGCUUUAGCCGAAUCAGAACGGAAAAUGAAACUGACUCAUUCUCUAAGAGAAGAACUGGAGAAAUUUGAUGCAGACUAUAGUGAAUUUGAAACCUGGCUGCAGCAGGCAGAACAAGAACUUGACAAUUUGGAGGCAGGGGCUUCUGACUUCAGUGGUAUUAUGGUCAAACUGAAAAGGCAGAAGAGUUUUUCAGAAGAUGUUAUAUCUCACAAAGGUGAUUUGCGGUAUAUUACAAUUUCUGGACAAAGAGUUUUAGAUGCUGCAAGGUCAUGUAGCAAAAGAGAUGGUGUGAAGGUUGACAAAGAUGGUAUCGAUACUUCAGCAACAUACACUGAAGUGCAAAAUAAACUGGAUAGUGCCUCAGAUCGCUUCAAAUCCCUCUAUACUAAAUGUAGCAUCCUUGGAAAUAACCUUAAAGACCUGGUGGAUAAAUACCAGCAUUAUGAAGAUGCCUCCUCUGGACUUUUGUCAGGUCUCCAGGCCUCUGAAAUAGCUGUGAACAAACAACUAUCAGAGCCAAUUGCAGUGGAUCCCAAAAAUCUCCAAAGACAACUUGAAGAAACCAAGGUUCUUCAGGGACAAGUGUCUAACCACCAAAUUGCUGUAGAAAAACUGAAAAAAGCUGCUGAAGUGUUAUUGGAUACAAGGGGAGAGCUGACACCAGACAAAGAUGAGAUUCAGAAAACUCUGGAUGGUAUUGUGGAGAGGUAUGACAAUUUAUCCAAAUCUGUGAAUGAAAGGAAUGAGAAGCUUCAAGUAACUCUGACACGAUCCCUAAGUGUGCAAGAUGGUUUGGAUGAAAUGCUGGAUUGGAUGGAAGGAGUUGAAAAGGGCCUUAAGGAACAAGAACAAGUGCCUUUGAAUUCUGCUGCUAUUCAGGAUAUUAUUAGUAAAAGCAUUAUGCUGGAACAAGACAUUGCGGGUCGCCAAAGCAGUAUAAACACUAUGAAUGAAAAAGUGAAGAAGUUCACGGAAACAGCAGAUCCAUCCACUGCAUCCACGCUGCAAGCGAAAAUGAGUGAACUUGCAGGACGGUUUUCUGAAGCAAGUAACAAGCAUAGAGAGAAGCUUCUGAAAAUGGAGGAGUUGAAGACUAAAGUGGAGUUAUUUGAAGGUCUGUCAGAAAAACUUCAGUCAUUUCUAGAUGAGAAGAACCAGGCCCUCAGUGAGACAGAGGCACCAAGAAAAGAUGUCAGUGAAGUGUCUCAGUACAUGCAGGAAGCUAGUGUAGAAUUGGCACAACACAAGAAGGAUCUGGAAGUUUUGAAGCAGCUUCUUGAAGAACUUUCAUUCCAUGCUCUUCCUGGAGAUAAAGCAUUGGUAUCAGAAAAAGUAAAUGCUUUAUCUAAGAAAUUCAAAGAGGUAGAGGAGACUAUAAAGGAAAAAGAAGAGGAUGUAUCUUCUUGUCAGAAACAAAUGGAUACUUUUGAGCUCCUUGUAGAAUCAUUAAAGAAAUGGAUAAAAGAGACCACAGGACGAAUUCCAGCAGGACAACCCUCCCUGAAUACAGAAGAGUUAAAGAAACCUUUGGAAGAUACACUGAAUUUAAAAGAUGAAUGGACAUUAAAAGCACCUGAACUGCAGAAAAUGAAUAGCAGAGGAACUUUGCUGUGUAACCUAAUUACUGCUGUGACUUCUCCUGCAAAACUGAGAGCAGUUGCCAAGUCAGGUGGCACAAUAUUAAAUGGUGAAGCAGGAGCUCCAGGAACUCAGGAUUUCCUGAAAAAUAAAGAACUGACAACUGUUCAACAAGCUAUGUCUGAUGUAAAUCACAGUUAUGAAGAUUUGGGAGUUUUAUUGAAUGAAAAGAUUUCAGAACUAGAAAGUAUGCUUUCAAAAAUGCAAAAUAUUCAGGAAGAAUCAACCUCAAUGAUGCAUUGGUUGCAAAAAAUGGAUAAAACUGCAUCAGACUGGGAAGCUGCUCCAACUGAUAGUGAAGCGGUUAAAGUCCAAGUUGAGCAACAUAAGCUUUUUGAAACUGAAUUAAAGCAAAGUGCUAAUAAAGUGCAGGAACUAAAGGACAAAGUAACAGAGCUGCUGGAGAAGAACUCUGACUCUCCCGAGGCACCUAAGUGGAGACAAACAUUGGAUAAAAUAGAUUCCAAAUGGAAAGAGCUCAAUCAAGUUACAUCUGAGAGACAACAAAAACUGGAGGAGUCAUCAAACUACCUGACCCAGUUCCAGACAGCAGAAGCCCAGCUAAAGCACUGGCUUGUAGAAAAAGAGCUGAUGGUCAGUGUGCUGGGACCACUAUCAAUUGAUCCUAAUAUGCUGAAUACACAAAAGCAACAGGUUCAGAUUCUGCUCAAAGAGUUUGACACCAGAAAACCACAGUAUGAGCAGUUAACUAUGGCUGGUGAAGGGAUUCUGAAGAGACCUGGUGAACAUCCACCCUCACAUGAAAUUGUAAAAGAGCAACUGGCAGCUGUGGCACAGAAAUGGGACAGUCUAACUGGCCAGCUGAGGAAGAGAUGUGACCGAAUUGACCAAGCCAUUGUGAAAAGCACAGAGUAUCAAAGUCUACUCAGAACUCUAUCUGAUAAGCUAAGUGCCUUGGAUAAUAAGCUAAGCAGCAGCCUGGCUGUGAGUACACAACCUGAUGCUGUGAAACAACAACUGGAAAUUGCUAGAGAAUUGAAGGAGGAAAUAGAACAGGAAAUGAAGAAUAUAAAUGCCGCGCAAACCCUUUGUGAAGAGCUGUCAACACUAGUUGGGGAAGAGUAUUUGAAAGCAGAACUUACAAGACAGCUAGAUGGCAUCUUAAAAUUGUUUAAGGAUAUUGAGCAAAAAUCAGAUAACCAUGUUCAGCAGCUUCAGUCAGCAUACACCACUUCUCAUCAGUUCCAGCAAAUGUCUAAGGACUUUCAGACCUGGCUAAGCAAAAAGAAAGAAGAGCUGAACCAGGCUCGUCCUGUGUCAGCCAAACUUGAUGUCUUGCAAUCACUAAUUGAAGAGCAGAAAGAAUUUAAGAAGACAAUGACUGAUCAGAUUGGUUCAUAUGAAAGAAUUGUUGCAGAAGGAGAAAGUAUUUUACAGAAGACUCAAGGAGCUGACAAAGCAGCAUUACAAUCCCAAAUUGCUACGCUCAGAAAUAACUGGGAUGAAAUUAAUAAACAGGUAAAAGAAAGGGAAGAUAAAUUAACAGAUUGUCUGGAUAAAGCCUUCAAAUACAAGGAGCAUGUAGAAAAUCUGCAGCCAUGGAUACAGAAGUGCCAAAGCAACCUGUGUGAAUUAAAAGUUGGCAUAAACCCUAUUGAAAUAGAGAAUUCUAUUGCUCAGGUGAGGGCAUGGCAGAAGGACCUGGAUAAACACCAUGGGAUGGUGGAGCUAUUAAAUAAUUCUACUGAAAGUUUGCUCAGGGCAAGUCAAACAGAUAAAGAAAUUAUUCAAGAAGAAACGAAGGUGCUGAAUCAGAAUGUGAAUGUGGUUACAGAACAGUUACAUAAGAAGAGAGAGUGCUUGGAAAAUAUGGCACAAAGACUGAAAGAGUUUCAGGAAUCAUCCAGGGAAACUGAAAAACAGCUUAAAAGUGCCAAAGAGCAUCUGGAAGCUCAUGACUCACUUGGACCUCAGUCAUUCAGCAACAAACACCUGACAAUGAUGCAGGCCCAGCAGAAAGCCUUGCAGGCUUUAAAGCCUCAUGUCGAUCUAGCAAAAAAGCUUGCCCAAGACCUGGUAGUAGAAGCUUCUGAUUCAGCAGGUGUUUCUGACCUUUUGCUCCAAGCUGAAUCUUUGGAGCAAGAAUACACUGCAGUGAACAAGCAGGUUGAAGAUAGGUGCUCAUUCUUAGAGACAAAACUUCAGGGAAUCGGCCAUUUCCAAAACAGCAUCCGAGAGAUGUUCUCUCAGUUUGCAGAGUUUGAUGAUGAACUUGAUAGCAUGGCUCCAGUGGGGAGAGAUCUCAAGGUAUUGCAAUCACAGAGAGAGGACUUAAAAUAUUUCCUGAAAAAGUUGGAGGAUCUUAUAAUGAAUAAUGAAAAUGCUAAUAAAAAUUGUAAAAUGAUGCUAGCCACAGAAGCUGAAGCUUCUCCUGACCUUGUUGGUAUAAAGAGAGACUUGGAAGCUUUAAAUAAACAAUGCAACAAGCUACUAGACAGAGCAAAAGCCAGGAAAGAUCAAGUAGAGGAUACUAUUUGCCGUGUUGAGGAGUUUUAUAGUAAGCUAAAAGAAUUUUCCAAUCUGCUUGGGAGAGCCGAAGAACAUGAAGAGUCACAAGGUCCUGUUGGAAUGGAAACAGAGACAAUUAAUCAGCAGCUGAAUACAUUCAAGGUAUUCCAGAAAGAAGAAAUUGAACCCUUGCAAGUAAAACAACAAGAGGUAAAUUGGUUGGGCCAAGGCCUUAUUCAGAGUGCUGCUAAAAGUACCAACACAGAAAACCUUGAACAUGACCUUGAAGAUGUCAACACCCGGUGGAAGACUCUUAAUAAGAAGGUUGCCCAGCGUGCUGCACAAUUGCAGGAAGCCCUCCUCCACUGUGGGAGAUUUCAGGAUGCCCUUGAAUCUCUGCUUAGCUGGCUCAUUGAUACAGAAGAUCUUGUGGCUAAUCAGAAACCACCAUCUGCUGAAUUCAAAGUUGUGAAGGCCCAAAUACAAGAACAGAAACUUCUCCAGAGGUUGCUGGAUGACCGCAAGCCUACUGUUGAGGCAAUCAAGCGUGAAGGGGAGAAAAUUGCAGAGUCAGCAGAGCCUGCUGAUAGAGUGAAAAUCUUGAAGCAGUUGAGUUUCCUGGAUAGUCGGUGGGAUGCAUUGCUCAGUAAAGCUGAAACAAGGAACCGUCAGUUGGAAGGCAUCUCGGUGGUAGCGCAGCAGUUCCACGAAGCUCUGGAACCACUGGUGGAGUGGCUGAGCACCACAGAGAAGAGGCUUGCAAAUGCAGAACCCAUUGGAACACAGGCCUCCAAACUGCAGCAGCAAAUUGCUCAGCAUAAAGCCCUAGAAGAUGAUGUCCUAGCUCACAAUAAGAGUUUACAUCAGGCCAUUAGUGCUGGUCAGUCUCUAAAGACUAUGAGCUCCAGGGAAGAUAAAGAUAUGGUGCAGGAAAAGCUAGAUUCUUCUCAGGCACGAUUCAUUGAAAUUCAAGAGAAGAGCAACAGCAGGUCUGAACUUCUCCAGCAAGCUUACAGCAAUGCUCAGAUUUUUGGGGAGGAUGAAGUUGAAUUGAUGAACUGGCUGAAUGAAAUCCAUGAUAAACUGAACAGAUUGUCAGUCCAAGACUGCAGCACAGAAUUGCUUGAGAAACAGCACACUGAACUACUGGAUCUUCAGGAAGAGAUUCUUCUUAGGAAACAAAAUGUUGAUUUGGCUAUACAAAAUGGCUUAGAACUUCUCAAGCAAACAACAGGUGAUGAAGUGGUCAUAGUUCAAGAUAAACUGGAAGGCAUUAAAGCGAGGUACAAAGACAUUAUGAAAUUGAGUUCUGAUGUAUCCAAGACUUUGGAGCAGGCUCUGCAGCUUGCAGGUCAACUGCACUCAACUCAUGAGCAACUCAGCAAAUGGCUUGAUGAAGUAGAGGUGGAGUUACUCUCCUAUGAAACUCAAAUACCCAAGGGUGAAGAAUUAAGCCAAGUACAAGAAAGACAAAAAGAGCUGAAAAAAGAAGCAAAGAACAACAAAGGCUUACUGGACACUCUGAAUGAAGUUGGCAGUGCCUUCCUGGAACUGGUGCCAUGGAGGGCCAGAGAGGGGCUUGACAAGAUGAUAACAGAGGACAAUGAACGUUACAGAUUAGUGAGUGACACGAUCUCUCAGAAGGUGGAUGAGAUUGAUGCUGCCAUCCUGAGAUCCCAGCAGUUUGAUCAAGCAGCUGAUGCUGAAUUUGCCUGGAUUGCAGAAACAGAAAAGAAACUGAUGUCUCUGGGUGAUAUUAGACUUGAGCAAGACCAGACCACGGCUCAGCUGCAAGUUCAAAAGGCUUUUACCAUGGAGAUUCUAAGGCACAAAGAUACCAUAGAUGAACUUGUUAAAUCUGGGGAUAAGAUUAUGAAAACAUGCACUGAAGAAGAGAAACAGAUGAUGAAGAAAAAAAUGGAAAGCCUCUUACAGAAAUAUGAUGCAGUCUGUCAAAUGAACUCAGAGAGAAACCUUCAGCUGGAACGGGCUCAGUCCCUGGUUAACCAGUUCUGGGAGACUUAUGAAGAACUUUGGCCAUGGUUAACUGAAACAGAAAUGAUCAUCUCUCAGCUUCCUGCACCAGCCCUUGAAUAUGAAACUUUAAAGCAACAACAAGAAGAACACAGGCAACUGCGUGAGCUGAUCGCUGAGCACAAGCCUCAUAUAGAUAAGAUGAACAAAACUGGGCCUCAGUUGCUGGAGCUGAGCCCAGGAGAAGGUUUUUCUAUCCAAGAGAAAUAUGUGGCAGCUGACAUCCUUUACAGUAAAAUCAAGGAAGAUGUCAAAAAGCGAGCACUGGCACUGGAUGAAGCCAUUUCUCAGUGUACCCAGUUUCAUGACAAGAUAGAUCCAACUCUUGAGAGUCUGAAACGCAUAGCUGAACGUCUGAGGCAGCCACCUUCAAUCUCAGCAGAGGUUGAGAAGAUUAAAGAGCAAAUCAGUGAAAAUAAGAAUGUAUCUGUGGAUCUGGAAAAACUUCAGCCAGUGUAUGAGACACUUAAACAGAGAGGGGAGGAAAUGAUUGCUCGCUCAGAAGGCACUGAUAAGGAUAUAUCUGCUAAAGCUGUUCAAGAUAAACUGGACCAAAUGGUCCUAGUUUGGGAAGACAUCCAGACUUUGACUGAGGAAAGGGAGACCAAACUGUUGGAUGUAAUGGAACUAGCUGAAAAGUUUUGGUGUGAUCAUAUGGCUCUUGUAGCUACUAUUAAAGAUACUCAGGACUUUAUUCGAGAACUGGAGGGACCUGGAGUUGACCCAUCUGUAGUCAAGCAACAGCAAGAAGCUGCAGAGGCUGCUAAAGAAGAAAUUGAUGGACUACAAGAAGAACUAGAAGCAGUUGUGAGCCUUGGCUCUGAACUUAGAGCUGCUUGUGGAGAGCCUGACAAACCUAUUGUAAACAAGAGUAUAGAUGAGCUGAAUUCUGCCUGGGAUGCCCUAAACAAAACAUGGAAAGAACGGGUUGAUAAGCUUGCUGAAGCUAUGCAGGCAGCUGUUCAAUACCAAGAUGGACUGCAGGCACUGUUUGACUGGGUAGACAUUGCUGGCGGCAAGUUAGCGUCUAUGUCCCCAGUUGGAACAGAUCUGGAGACAGUGAAGCAGCAAACUGAGGAACUUAAGCAAUUUAAGACAGAAGCUUAUCAACAGCAGAUAGAAAUGGAAAGACUAAACCAUCAGGCAGAACUAUUGCUGAAGAAGGUAACACAGGAGAGUGACAAGCACACGGUUCAAGACCCUCUCUCAGAGCUCAAAAUAUUGUGGGACAGUCUAGAAGAAAAAAUUAUAAGUAGACAGCACAAGCUGGAAGGUGCCUUGUUAGCCUUGGGGCAGUUCCAGCAUGCCCUGGAUGAGUUACUGACAUGGCUGACACAUACAGAAGACCUGCUGAAUGAACAGAAACCCGUGGGUGGAGACCCCAAGGCUAUUGAAAUUGAACUUGCCAAACAUCAUGUGCUACAAAAUGAUGUUUUAGCUCAUCAGUCUACCGUGGAAGCUGUUAAAAAAGCAGGAAAUGACCUGAUUGAGUCGAGUGCUGUUGAAGAAGCAAGUAAUUUACGGAGCAAGUUGGAACUCCUGAAUCAGCGCUGGCAAAACUUGUUGGAAAAAACAGAACAAAGGAAACAGCAGCUGGACAGUGCCUUGAUCCAGGCGCAAGGUUUCCAUGGUGAAGUUGAAGAUCUGCAGCAAUGGCUGACAGAUACUGAACGUCAGCUGUUGGCAUCAAAACCUGUUGGAGGCUUACCAGAAACAGCAAGAGAGCAGCUUAAUGCACAUAUGGAACUUUGUGCUGCCUUUGAAGCCAAAGAGGAGACAUAUAAGUGUCUAAUGCAGAAAGGCCAGCAAAUGCUUGCAAGAUGCCCAGAGACUACUGAAACAAACGUUGAGCAGGACAUAAAUAACUUAAAAGAAAAAUGGGAAUCUGUGCAAACAAAGCUCAGUGAAAGAAAAACCAAACUGGAAGAAGCCCUCAGUUUAGCAACAGAGUUCCACAACUCACUUCAAGAUUUCAUCAACUGGCUUACUCAGGCUGAGCAAACUCUAACUGCAGCUUCUCGGCCAAGUCUUAUCUUGGACACUGUCUUAUUUCAAAUUGAUGAACACAAGGUUUUUGCCACAGAAGUGAACUCUCAUCGAGAUCAAAUCAUAGAACUGGACAAAACUGGAACGCAUUUGAAAUACUUCAGCCAGAAACAGGACGUUGUCCUUAUUAAGAAUCUGCUUAUUAGUGUACAGAGCCGAUGGGAAAAAGUAGUUCAACGCUUAGUUGAAAGGGGAAGAGCUUUGGAUGAUGCAAGGAAAAGAGCCAAACAGUUCCAUGAAGCCUGGCACAAACUUAUGGAAUGGCUGGAAGAGUCUGAGAAAUCUCUGGACUCAGAUCUUGAAAUUGCAAAUGACCCUGAUAAAAUAAAAAUGCAGCUCGCACAGCAUAAGGAAUUUCAGAAAUCUCUUGGUGCCAAACAUUCUGUGUAUGAUACCACGAAUAGAACUGGACGUUCCUUGAAAGAGAAAACCACCUUGGCUGAUGACAAUUUGAAACUUGAUGAUAUGCUUAGUGAACUAAGGGAUAAGUGGGAUACAAUUUGUGGAAAGUCAGUGGAAAGGCAAAAUAAACUGGAGGAAGCCCUGUUAUUUUCGGGACAGUUUACUGAUGCUCUGCAAGCUCUCAUUGACUGGUUAUACAAAAUUGAACCUCAACUAGCAGAAGAUCAGCCAGUACAUGGAGACAUUGAUUUAGUGAUGAACCUGAUUGACAAUCACAAGGUUUUCCAGAAGGAGCUGGGAAAAAGAACAAGUAGUGUCCAGGCUCUGAAGCGCUCUGCGAGGGAGCUGAUAGAAGGCAGUCGUGAUGACUCUUCCUGGGUCAAAGUUCAAAUGCAGGAGCUAAGCACUCGCUGGGAGACAGUUUGUGCCCUGUCAGUAUCCAAGCAAACACGACUGGAACAGGCUCUUCGGCAGGCAGAAGAAUUCCACUCUGUUGUUCAUGUCCUUUUGGAGUGGCUGGCAGAGGCAGAGCAGGCUCUUCGUUUCCAUGGCAUCCUUCCAGAUGAUGAAGAGGCCUUGCGUACACUGAUAGAGCAGCACAGGGAAUUUAUGAAGAAAUUGGAAGAGAAAAAGGCAGAACUGAAUAAAGCAACAGGUAUGGGAGAAGCUAUUCUGGCUAUCUGCCAUCCAGACUCCAUCACCACCAUUAAGCACUGGAUAACAAUCAUCAGAGCCAGGUUUGAAGAGGUUGUAGCAUGGGCUAAACAACAUCAACAGAGACUGGCAGGAGCCCUGGCUGGACUUAUUGCUAACCAGGAAUUGCUGGAAGCCUUGCUGUCCUGGUUGCAGUGGGCAGAGACCACACUAACUGAAAAAGAUAAAGAGGUUAUCCCCCAGGAGAUUGAGGAAGUUAAAGCGCUUAUAGCUGAACAUCAGACAUUCAUGGAGGAAAUGACCAGAAAACAACCUGAUGUGGAUAAAGUUACAAAGACCCAUAAAAGAAAAGCACUUGAACCCAUGCCAGUACAAUCUCAUAUUCCUGUCCUUGAUAAGGGGAGAGCAGGCAGGAAGCGUUCCCCAACACCAGGCAUGUAUCCAUCAGCAACCCAGGCACAAAUCGAAACCAAGAAUCCACGGGUAAACCUUUUAGUCAGCAAAUGGCAGCAGGUUUGGCUUCUGGCCUUGGAAAGGAGAAGAAAACUUAAUGAUGCUUUGGACAGACUUGAAGAGCUGAGAGAAUUUGCCAACUUUGAUUUUGAUAUUUGGAGGAAAAAAUACAUGCGAUGGAUGAACCAUAAGAAGUCUCGUGUGAUGGACUUCUUUAGGAGGAUUGAUAAAGAUCAAGAUGGAAAGAUUACAAGACAGGAAUUUAUUGAUGGAAUUCUUUCUUCAAAAUUCCCAACAAGCCGACUUGAAAUGAGUGCUGUUGCAGACAUUUUUGAUAGAGAUGGUGAUGGAUAUAUUGACUAUUAUGAAUUUGUAGCAGCUCUUCAUCCAAAUAAGGAUGCAUACAAGCCCCUCACAGAUGCUGACAAAAUUGAAGAUGAGGUUACAAGGCAGGUAGCGAAAUGUAAAUGUGCAAAACGGUUUCAAGUGGAACAGAUUGGGGAUAAUAAGUACAGGUUCUUCCUGGGAAAUCAGUUUGGUGACUCUCAACAACUGCGCCUUGUUCGUAUCCUAAGGAGUACAGUCAUGGUUCGUGUUGGAGGUGGCUGGAUGGCACUGGAUGAGUUCUUAGUGAAAAAUGAUCCUUGCCGGGUUCAUCAUCACGGGAGUAAAAUGUUACGUUCGGAAUCAAACUCUUCAAUUACCACUCAGCCUACUAUAGCUAAAGGGAGGACAAAUGUGGAGCUGCGUGAAAAAUUCAUUUUGGCCGAUGGUGCCAGUCAGAGCAUGGCAGCUUUCCGACCAAGGGGCCGUAGAUCACGACCCUCUUCGAGAGGUGCUUCUCCCAACAGAUCUACUUCUCUGUCAAGUCAAGCUGGCCAGGCAGCUGCCACACAGGGAGUUGCUACAAGUACACCGAAGACACCCCAUCAUUUAAUACGCAACUAUGGUAAACCAUGGUUGACAAACAGCAAAACAUCAACUCCUUCUAAGCCAUCAGAAUCCUCAGACUAUCAAGGGUCAUCUGCAGAGGGAACACCAAUUCAAGGAAGUAAGCUUAGGCUGCCAGGAUAUCUAUCAGGGAAGGGUUUCCAAUCUGGAGAAGACAGUGGCAUCCUGUCAACAGCAGCUACCAGAGUCAGAGCUCAGUUUGCAGAAACCAGAAGAACUCCAAGCAGACCUGGUAGCCGAGCAGGAAGCAAGGCUGGCAGCAGGUCAAGUAGCCGCCGAGGCAGUGACGCAUCUGACUUUGACAUUUCAGAAAUCCAGUCUGUGUGCUCAGAUAUGUCAGAGACUGUUCCUGCUACAAGCAGACCGACACCCCGAGCAGGUUCUCGGCCAGGAUCAGCCAAGCCUUCAAAAAUUCCAACCCCCCAGAGAAGGCCACUGGCCAGCAAAUUGGACAAGUCCUUGAAGAGAUAAUAUGAUUGGCUCCACAAAAGUCUUUUCCUUUUGCAUUAAAUAUUUAAGUUCAUAAGAUGUAAAAUAUUAUGUAGAAAUUAUUGUGAAAUAUCGCAAGAGGUGGAUUUUUAAUUCUGCAGAUGGCCUUAUUUGUGUAUUUGUCUUCUUAUUUUAUGUGUAUAAUUUUUGUCAGAUUUGUUUUUGGUUUUGCCAUAUCCUGUGAGAAAGAGAAAGAGUUCUAAUGUAAACUAACAGUUGUACACAGUAACAUGUAGAAAGUACACUAAAAAUAAUUGCCGAAUGUACAGUGUACUGAAUGUACAGUAAGUCUCUGCAAUCUCAAUAAAAUAGGCCUAUUUCACUAUGUCAUUAGUUAACAGUAAAGGAUACCUCAUGAUUUUUCUUUAAAAAAGAAAAAGAGAAUACUAAAAGCCAAAAGACACAAUUACACGUUUUGAGCUAACUAAGCAAACACUAAAGGAUGUACAUCAAAACUACUAAGUAAUACAAACCCACAUUCACAGUACCCUUAUUUAUACAGCAUUUCUCAGAGAACUCACAGAGUUAAUUAAGCACUCGCCAAUAAUAUGAUACUCCAAUACCUUGCAGCAUUUCUGUGCCAUUGCUUUCAAUGAGGCCAGACACAUUCUGGAUAUAUUCUGUAAGAAUAUCAAUAUAAAGUGCAUUCAUGUAAAUGUGAGGUUUUCUUUUGCUUGAGUGGAUGGUAGCACUGUAUCAUUGAACUCAUUUUGUAUCAAAGCAAUUUUGCUUGCAGAAAGCUCUGAAAUAAACAUGUCCCUUGACUUUAU